UGACGCAUGACACCAAUUUAAUAUGGCGGUGCUAGGCAAACCGCUAACUUCCAAAAUAACAUGCACCUGUUACGAAUUGGGACAUACAUGGACACCGUCAUGCAAGAAGGCGUCACUUGAUGUGAUGAUAGAAGUAUUUAAGCAAGCAGUAAAGGUCUAUGGAUCACUGUACGCUAUUGCUGGUAUUAUCCAGAGGAGAAAUAAAGAUUAUUUCCUAAAGUCAUUCCCUGCACAGUUAGCAAGAUCUACAAUUUUCUUGACCACAAAUGGAACCUUGUUUAUAACAUUUUUCUGUUUAUGGAGGAAACUGAUUGGUCAUUUUUAUUACCUCAGUAUCUCAUUUGUCCCUGCAUUGACAGCCUCUUAUGUUGCAAUACUUCUCGAGAGGAAGUCCAGGAGAGGUCUUUUAGCUUUAUAUAUGGCAAAUAUCGCUACAGAAACACUGUAUAGAAUGGUUGUAGCCCGAGGAUGGUUUAAACCUGUCCCACAUGGUGAGGUGAUUCUGUUUAGUAUAGCAUCAGCUGGUUACCUGUAUCUAUUCAGGAAAAACAGUCUUCCUAAAUCAAUCCUGUCAACAUUCAGUAAGCUUAUAGGAAAAGAUGAGCUACCAUCCACAGCAUUAUCAGAGGAAACAGAAAAACAGGAACCAGUUCCAGUUAGACAAAAUGGUUUCCAGCAACAAAUAAAACAGAACAAGUCAAUACAGACAGUUGUCAGAUGGUUGAAAGAUCAAAUUAAACAUAGACUCUGUCAACACAAAAAUAGCUGUAUUUAUUACACACUAAAGGGUUUACUAAGAAACUUUUGUAUAGGUUAUGGAAUUCAAGGUGUUGUGAAAGUCCUGGGGUCGCUGACAAAAAUCAUCAGGACACCUAAUGCCUUACUACAAGCUAUUAAACAUAAAGAUAAUUUUAAACUUGGUGCUUUUCUAGGUUGUUUUGUAGCAAUAUUUAGGGCUGUUAAUUGUUUACUGCGAUGGUUACGAGAUAAAGAUGAUAGUUUACAUGGUAUGGUGGCAGGAUUCCUAGCGGGGUGGUCUAUGUUAUGGUAUAAAAGUCAAACUAUAGCUUUAUAUGCAGCAUUUAAAUUAGCAGAGAUUUUAUAUUUUAAAGGAAUAUCAAAGGGAUUAGUGCCGUAUAUAAAGUGUGCAGAUAUAAUAAUAUAUUCUCUUUCUACAGCCCUAGUCUUUCAUGCAGCUGUAGUAGAACCUCACAAUCUUAGGCCAGCUUACUGGAGAUUCUUGUUGAAUGUUACUGGUAACAAAUUUGCUAUGAUGAACAGACAGAUACUGGUCCCUCACUUACCUAAUGCAGCAAAUAUACAACCAAACUAUUGGCCAGACUACGACCUACUUCAUACAAACCUCGUCAAACCACCUAAUGCAACCAGUGUCAUCAAAUCUGUUAUCAGCUGAUAAUUGUUAAGAUUAGGAACAAAUAUUUAAAUUAACUGUACAUGUUUAAAUUAACUGUCAAAUGAGAAAAAAAUCAUAAGAAUGCAUAUUGUAGUUGAAACUCUGCUGUAAAGGUGGGAGUUCAAUAUUGACAUUUGUUAGCCUCAAUUUAUAUUCAAAUCAAACUUUCACUUUUAACAUUAUAAUUUUGAUAAAAUGGCCUGAAUUUAAAUUUAGAAUUUACUUUGGUGUGGUAUUUGUAUUUGAAAUGUCAAUAUCAUGCAAGAACUAAUUUACCAUAGCACCUAUGCAAACAUAUUUUUGUGGUUUAGUCAUGUCUCAGUGUUUCCUAGUCCCAAAUACAUGCCAAAAUAAGAAAUUCAAAAUGCUCCAUUUUUCUGCCUAAACAAUAAAUAUGCAAAAGACAUUAAAGUUCAGAAUUUGCCAAAAACUACAUUAAUUUUAAAUAACAUUUUAAUGGGAAAUACACAAGAUAUUGCAAAGUUUUAACUU